AUGCGAGAUGUGGGUUGUUUUGUCUUGAGUUAACGGGUUUUAAGUUAAGUAAUAAUAGUUUCGGACGUACAUUUUUUAAGAUUUUUAUGUUUUUAAAAAGGCUCCAUGAGUAUUUCAGGUGUUCCUAGGACAUUAUUGAAUAUUUUCAGGAACCAUUGGUAAUUUACGGACAGGAAGAAGUUAUUUAAUAAAGAUGAAAUGAAUUUCUCAUGUUAAACUUUAUGGUCGAGAUAUUUUACGGCCAAUUCAAUGAAGGUUUUCGCCAUGUACUACUUGGAAAGGACACUAAAGUGGCCACUAUUUUACGUUUUUGUGGCCACUUUAGAGGUUCUCUACUUAGUGGCCACUUCAGUAGUUUUUCAUCCAGUAUUCCUUCCAGUAACUCUGAUAAUUUUAAAACAAACUGAUUGGACCAGUUAUGUUGAUCCAUUGACCCCUAAAGUGGCCACUAAAAUUUUUAGUGGUCUAGUAGUAGCGCUUAGACCUCUACAGUGGCCACUCAUUUUCAACCCCUUGAGUGGCCACUAAUUUGACUACUAUAGUGGCCACUAAAACGUCAAAACCCUAUAGUGACCACCAAAAAUUUUCACAGUAAAAAUAUAGGACGAAAAAAGCUGAGGAAAUUGAAUUUGAUUCGAAAAAAGUUCCAAAAAACCACCACUUUACCCUAUUUUUUUCCCAGUACACUGUAUUCUUCUCCUUUUUCCUAAUCUGCAUAGAACUUUCCAUCGUGACACCCAAGAUUCUUGAGAAUUUUCUCAGGAAAUCCGGAAAAAAAGUCUCGAGAAGAAGCUCUUUUGUUGACCAUCCCUCUUUGUGGACAACUGCAAAUUUUCUCGCCGGAAAAGAAUAUUACAAGAGAAGCGACGAUGUUUGCUUAACAUUUGGAGAGUGAGAAUAUGAAAUUCGGGAUGGGGAGGAGUGGAUUUUCCUCUGGAUGCUCAACGUUUUAUUUGUAGCUUCCCUUACUUGAUUUAUUAUUGCAUAGAUUAUUUUUUCCGUACCAUCUGCUCAAAAAAGGCUGCGUUAGAACUGUCUUAAGCGUUAUUGAGAGGUUGGCAUGCAAUAUAGCUGAUUCACGGCUGGCUUGAGCCAUCAAAAAAUGGGUCCUGACACGAUAAAAGAAGAGACAGUGUCUGGUUAGCGUAGAGCGCAGACAGGUCACGCCUCCUUAGCCUCUCUCAAAGUUAGCCGGGAAAAUAUAGUUCGUUCACCGUGACUUGACAGUUUUUGCGUGUCUGCGUCUCUCUUUUUCCUCACUGGCGAGGUCAGAGAAACAUGGAAAUAGCACGUAAAAAUGAGAGAGACGUUGAGAGAUAAGGAGGGCGCAGAGAAGUCCCGCCCUUUCAAGUCGCGAAAAACGGACUAUAGAAACACUUUUCACGCAAGGAACUUUUGUUUGAGUUCAGAAAAAUCGGGGAAAGGUUUUGUGAAGGUAUAUGGCAGCUUGGAGGUCUUCAGAAGUUUUUGGAACAUUUCCAGAAGGUAGUUGGAAGGUCCUCGGAAGAUGAAAAAUUUAAAAAUCUGGGCAUCCGGCAGGAAGUCUUCCAGAAAAGACAGCUUUCUGAAAAGCUUGCUGGAAAGCAUCCAAAAGCCUUGCAAGGAACAGAAAGCAGAAGCUUCUAACACCUUUCCAGAAUUGACCUGAGAAGACCAAUAACCUCACAACCGAACUCGACCGAGCUUUUAAAAGCUCAUAUAGUCUGUGUACCACGACUUGGAAUUUCACCGAACGACAUUCCGCUGUUCCGCUGCGUGACUUUGCGCGCCUUUAACUUUUCAUUUUAUUUAAGAAGUCGACCAACACGUGUUCCUAGUGGAACAGUCCAUCUAUCAGAAAUGAGAACCAAUUCAAAGCGAGACCGGAACAUCGGAAUGUCGUUUCGUGAAAUUUCAAGUCUUGGCACACAGACUAUAAUCGAGCCUAGACUAUUAAUGGAAAAAAGUUUUCUCUAGAGCAUAUAUUAUUCCAAUUAUUGUCCUAUUCCCUUUCAAACACUUCCUGCAAGAUGCUAGGAAAUGAACUGUAGGGCGUGUUGGCCACUUGAACGAUAACACUUGCUUCCCCCGUUGAGCAUUUGCAUAGCCUACUUCAACCGCUGGACUUUCGUUGUCCCUUCUAUUCUUAUUCUUUUUGAGUUAUUCUAGUCGCUUCUAAAUGAGUUACCCGAUCAUGAGGAGCAAUGGUUGGUUCAGGAUUUCGUACUUUAUGAGGAUUUAUUGUUUAUCAAGAGGAAAACGUCUAGGGAGCAAUUGGAGAUAUCUUUGAAAAAUCUCAGAGUUAGUUUUUUGAGAAAAAGGAAGUGAAAAUAACUUUAAAGAACGUUUGCAAAUUUAAACGAAAUUUCCAUUCGAUUUAUGAUUUUUCAUUAUAUAUUUAUAAGAAAGCGUCAAUUUAUUUUUUAAUGCUUCGAUCUAUUGCCCUUUGUAACUUGUUUUUCUUUUUUUUAUCUCGACAGAAAGAAUAAGUUUUCAAAAUCUCACAUAUCUGAGUAGAGGUCGAUUCGUAAACGAAUUCUUCGUAUGAUUUUUGAAGCUUUGAUUUUGAUAGACUGUAAUUCAGUUUGUUUUCGAUCCUUUUUUCGCUAAUUGGGCCUUUUCCAGCAAUCGCACGCCGUAUCAGUCGGCUGGAGGCACGCCGUUACCGACAGUCUACGCCGAGCCCGUCGGAGAGCGAGGAAGAGAGCGGUUUGGAAAUAUUUCUUGAUAAUAAAAUAUUAUUCAAGUGAAUAAGUGAAGGCUAUGGAGUUUUAAGUAGAUUCUCUUCUUCUUCUUCUUCCGGAGUUUUUGAGUAGAUUAUGUGUGAAAAAAAUACUUUAAACUUGAUUUUUUUCAAUAUUAAAAAUCAAUAAAAAAAGAAGAUUGAUAUAAACGUUAAAAUAGGUUUUUUUGUACAAUUUUUUUCCUUCGAAGAAAUAUUGAUCUCAAUAUUUUUUUGAAGAAUUCACGUUUGAACCGUUUCUCUACGCUAUAAAAAGUUAUAGUUUUUUCUUCUUUUUUUCAUUUUCCUAUUAGCGACCGUCAAGUUUGAAUUCAUAUUGUGCAAAUCUAUAUGUGUUUAAGUAGAUGUUAUAAGAAAAAAAUCCUUAUUUUUUUCCUUAGAAGCAAAAAAAGGCUGUUUUUAAAACAACAAUAUCGAAAAAUUUUUUUAAACCAAGAAAAAAACUAUUGAAAAUCAUGUUGUUAUCAUUAAAAAAAUGGUAGUGAGCUGGAAAAACCUUAUAAAAAUUCGGUUUUUUUCAAGUACCGAUUCAAAACUCAACCCUUUCUCAAAGUUGAAUCAAGAAGACAACACACUUUGUAAUAUAAAAAAAUUAAAUAUAUUGAGCUUUUUCAUAAUCCGCUUGUCGCAAAAUAUAUAAGCUCUUCUGCCACCCAUUCAUUUCAUGUUUGGAAUGCAAACAGAGACCCGUUGACCCUGAAUAUUUUCCUGCACGUUAUUUUUUUCCUUUCAUACUGAAAAAGAACGCCCUAUUUGUUGAAUUAUUAAUAGUGAUAUUUUUGGUUAUGGAUCAAAUCGGACGUGUUAGGGAAGUUCUAGUGACCCCUUUAGUGAUGUCAGCGCUCUUAAGUGAUCCCUAGAAAUGUCCGGAGUGCUCAUGGUUUUCGUUACCGAGACCCGAGAUUUCUUAGCCAGGAACCAUCGAUUGAGAUUGAGCUCUUCAGAAAAAAAUAAAUCACAGAAAUUUAAAUAAAUAUUUUUUAAUGAUUUCUUGAUAUUUUUGAUUUUUUGAAGGCAUUUUUUCCUUUUUCUCUGAUCCCAGUUCUGAUUUCACUCGUUGAAAUUAUCAAAUUUUAUCAAAUUUUUCUAAAUUCCCCCAAGAAAAACUAACUCAACACCCACACCAUCAUCUUUCCAAGAAAUCACGAAAAUAACCUCUACAGAAUCGCAUGGUUUCCACGAUUUCGUCCGUUUUUCGCGCCCGCCGCACUACCGCCGCCACCGUCGCCGCCAUUCCUGGACCUUCGAACCCUAAAGCGAUCGCUUCGGCGCCGCCGCUGGAGAUUGUCCAAGUCGUCGACUUGACCGUGGUUAAAGGUAUAACGGCGAAAGUUUGAAUAACUGCAUUUUUUGGGUUUGAAAAAACUUUUGUAGAAGUUGCGAAUAUCACUUUUAUAUGGUUUCUUGAGCCUUUGAAAAAAUCUCUGUCUCAUAAAUUUUAUACUUUUCGAACUAAAUUCUUCGUUACCCGAGAAGAUUAAGUGAUUUUCGAAGUUUUUUUUCUGGCCGCAUCUUUGUUGAAAGUAGAAGACUAUCAUGCAAAAAAAUGACCAAAUAGUAGAUUUUUUUCCAAAUUUUUUUCACUGAAAAUAAAAAUCCAAGGUUCUGCAGCCAAGAAAAAUUUUUUUCAAUUCAAAGUUCUAGCAGCUUCAUCUCCAAGAAAAUUAGGCUUCAACUUUUUUUCAAAGGCAAAUAUUUUUGUUUUGUGAUGAACAUGAGCUUUAAGGUGUUUAGAAAGCUCAGAGUUUCCUAAUUGUAGAAAAAAUGUUGUAUUAAAUCCCCAAAAUUUUCAAUUUUCUCUAGUUUUCUUUUUGUGAAAGAGACUUGAGCACUAGCCUUAAAUUUUUGAUGAAAAUGAGCGUUUUUUAAAGAUUUUAUGUCUUCUUUUGCAAACUUAUUUGGAAAAAUGAGCAAAAAAGGCUGUGGAAAAGGUUGUUUGUUUCUGGCGAGGCCUCCUCGACGGAUCGAUCCGAAGCACGGGGCAACAUGCCAACAACACAACAAAAACUUGGCCACGCCCACUAUUUUUUUUUUCGUCUUUUUGCUCUUUUUUGUUGUUGUCGGAAUCGCCGCACCUUUCUAUUUUUCUGUGGAUUUUUCUCUUUUUUUCGGCGAAUUUUGAAGAAAAAGUUGAAGCUCUCUUAAAUAAAUAAGUUCUUGGUGGUUUGAGGAGGUACAGAAGCUUCAAUUCCGAAAUCUAGGGGGUUUUUCAAAGUUUUGAUAGAUUAGCCAUUCCAAAUGCGACCAUAGUUUGAUAGAGUUGAUGUGUAAUGAUUUUUUAAGUUUCUUGGUUUUUGUUCUAGAGUUUGACGUUUUUUAAUUGUUUGAUACGGAAAAUUUUGAAGUUUUCUUAAGUUUUGAAAAAAAAGGUGGCUCAAUUCCAAAAAUGAACCUUCUGGUGGAGUGUUCCAGUUGUUGAAUGAACCUUUCAACUUGAUAUCCAUUAAAAAAUCGCCGCUCAACUUCCUUGAAAAUCAAUCAAUACUUGAUAAAAGUGCGGAAGAUACUGCCUGAGAAGUUUGUGUCCGUCGCCUGUAUGCGUAAUGAUGGUUUGUAUAUUUGCCCAACGACUUGAAACAACACAUCGUCUCGCCAAUUCCCACACGUUCACUGUACCCUUUUGCACUGUACCUUAGUUUUCUCCCUCGAAAAGUUUCGAGAAAAGUCUUUCUGAAACCUAUCCAGACUGGUUUGAAACUUUUUCUUAAACUAGCAACCCCCGGUUAAACUUUUUGAUGAAGCUUCGCUGAAGUGUACUUUAGAACCUUCUGACUGCAGAGCAAGAAAAAAAUUGUCUCUUUUUGAGUUAGGACACUUCAAAAGCUUGAAAUAGCAAUUUUUGUCAUAUUUUGCGGUCCUCGAAGCUUUAUAACUCGAAAACGAGAUCUAUUGCAAGAAAUUUUUAUUCUUUCUGCAAUUGGGAGCUCCUAAAGGGUUCUCAGUAAGAUGUCAGUUUCGAGUUUCGAGCAUCCAUGACAUUUUUGAGCUCGAGUUUAAAGUUUAAAGUUGACAAAAAUUUUGAAAACGAGAACUGAUUGAUUGGCUUUGUCAGUUUUCUUCGAAGCUUCUUGUUUUUUCGUGUUUUUGAAAGUUUUAAGUUUAUUUUCUGCGGUUCAACUAUAGUCUGUGUGCCACGACUUGAAAUUUCACGGAACGACAUUCCGCUGUUCCGCUGCGUCCCUUUGCGAACCUCGGUCGCACCAAUAAUUUUUUUUUCCUUUAUUAAGGUACUCUAGUUUCAUGUGCUCCCACAGUAAUGAAAAUCCAUUGGAAGCGUGACCUAGAUUCGAAAGACGUUUCGCGAAAGCACGCAGCGGAACAGCGGAAUGUCGUUCGGUGAAAUUUCAAGUCGUGGUACACAGACUAUAAAUUCAUGUAAUCUUAUGAAGGAAAUUGAGUUUUUUCGAAAUUUUUGAUUGACGCACCCCAAGUCGAUUAGUCGAGGUUCUGAGAUCAGUAGACUGGCUCUAGUGACAUAUCCGUCCUUGUGUGUGACGGUUGAGAAUUUUGAAGUUCUAGUUUCCCACUACCAACAUUUCUUAAACCCCUUGGUUGGGUCGAGUCGGGAUCGAACCCGUGACCCUGUGGACCGUAAACAGGCGCUCAACCUGUUGCGCCGGAAACAUUGAGAGUAAAAUAAUCAAGAAUAGUUUGAUGAGUUAAAAAUCGAAAAGGUAGGAAGCUAUGUUUCAUAUCAAACUUUUUCCCACCCUGUAUGAAAUCCUCGAAAUUAGGAAGCUAGUUCUUUUCCCGUUUUGUCUUUUUCAAAUAUUCUUAAGUUUCGAGAGGAACAAGUUUUUGAUUGAACGUUUGAACGGUGACUUUCGAAGAUAUUUCUGAAAAAUAUUCACUUUAUAAAAACCCCCAUUUCAACCCGAUAGAAGAGAUAAAUGAGUAAAAUGACGCGGUCCGUGAAAAUCUCGCUACCGGUAGGUUUUAAAAUGAUCAUAUAAGAUAACAAAGUAUUUGAUAAUUCGAUUUUGUUUCGAGACUCCGUGGAAAAAAAAAACUAACAAAGCUUGUAAGAACAAUGGCCUUGUGAUUUUGUUGUUUUGAGACCGACUUUUCCCGGUUCACGCUCAAAAAGUAUGAGAAUGUGUGAAAAUGGUCAGGAAGACUUUGAUAGAAACGACGAUCUGGAAGAAGAAAUAUUCUUUAUUAGCUAGUUUUAGUUUGAUUUUUGGUUAGCUAGACUGCACUUUCAGAAUUCGAGAAAUUACGCAAGCAAGGUACAAGUGAACUUGUCUUUUUCAGGGACUUUGAGGAUCUCAAAUAAAAAGGAAAUUAUUUUUCAUAUUUUUUCCAAAAACGCUUCAAUUAUAAAUAAAAUGCAUCUUGAACAAACGGAACUUUUUAUUUUUAUUUUUCUUAUUUUUGGAGUUUUUUGGGUGAAAAACCCAGCUUAUACGAUAAUUUUUUGAGACCCAUUUCACUUUUUAAACCCGGAAAAAUAUGUUACUUUUUCUGUAAAAUAUCAUUUUUUUCCAAGCUUUUUUUGACAUCACGAAACUCUGCAAGAAGAGACUCUUUUUGUCCUUGAACGUUGCCUCUUCCAUUGUACCACCAAUUUACCUACCUGCCUACCGGCUGGCAGGUAAACAAUCGGUAAAGAAUGGGGAGUGUUGCGGGAGAGAGGCGGGAUGUCAUGUGACUCGAUUCCCCCCACCGACUUCUGAGCCUCACUUUUGAUGUUGUUGUUUUUUUUGUCCGUUUCGAAAUUUUCGGAAAUAUUACUACACUCGAAAGGUGUCUGGAAGCUCAGAAUUGAGUUUUGCAGAAAAAUUUUAUUCAUUUUUUCGAAUUUGCCUUCUUUGGACUUUGGAUCGGCUUGACGCUGAAUUUUUCAUUUUUGAGACUUUUUUCGAAAAAUUUCCAAGUUUUUGAGGAUUUUUUGUGUGUUGAAAGGUUCAGAUUUGCUCUAGACGCUUGAAUUUUUCUAUUUGAAUUUUUUUAAAGAAUUUUCGACUUUUUGAAGAUGUUAUGUAUGUUUGAAAGGUUCAAAAUUGCUUCAGAUCCUUGAAUUUUUUUCAUUUUUCAUUUCAUUUCAUUUUUGAGACUUUUUCUAAAAAUUUUCAAGUUUUUUUGAAGAUUUUUAUGUGUGUUGAAAGGUUCAAAUUUGCUCUAGACGCUUGAAUUUUUUUCAUUUUUGAGCCUUUUUUUGAGAAUUUUCAGGCUUUUUGAAGAUGUUAUGUAUGUUUGAAAGGUUCAAGAUUGCUUCAGAUCCUUGAAUUUUUUUCAUUUUCAUUUCAUUUCAUUUUUUUGAGACUUUUUUUCUAAAAAAAUUUCCAAGUUUUUUUGAAGAUUUUUAUGUGUGUGAAAGGUUCAAAUUUGCUCUAGACGCUUGAAUUUUUCAUUUUUUUAGCCUUUUUUUGAGAAUUUUCAGGCUUUUUAAAGUUUUUUUAUGUAUGUUGAAGGGUUCAAAUUUGCUUCAGAUCCUUGAAUUUUUUUCAUUUUUUUGAGCCUUUUUUUCCAAAAGAAUUUUCGAGUUUCUGAAGAUUUUAUGUUUGUUCAAAGGUUUCUAUGUGAUAAAUUGAAGCAAAAUGUGUUAUUUUAUAUUAUUUUGUUAAUUUUUCAGUAGCGAAUUCGGACGAAGAAAUAAUGUCAUCCACGACGACCGUUCGAGAGGUGAAUAAUUAUGAAAUUAAUUAAAUUUAGAAUUUUUUUGAAAAAAACUUUGCUUUCAAGGCCAUUAUUUUCAAAUAAUUUUUAAUCAUUUUUUAGUUGCUGAAUCAAAACAAAUAUUCAAAAAAAUGAACUUUAGGUCGAAUUGGACUCUUCAACGGCUGUUGUCCCAGUUCCAGGCCCGGAAAGCCUGAAAAUCGUCGAAAUUCCCUCGGAAAGCGAAUUGGCCAUCGUUCCAGCAGGUAAAAUUCGGAUUUUAAGAAGAACUGUAGGCUCAAAAAGUUGAUAGUUUGGUAGAAAUAUAUAUUUUCCUUGAAAAAAUUUAGACAUUUUUUUCAUUGUCUAACGGUUAUUAGGGUGUCCUCCCAUAAGGCUUUGUGUUCUCUCCAGUAGUGUAUUAAAAACUAUCCUACCCCCAAAAAACUAGUAUCUCUUGUUUGGGCGUUUUACAGCUUAAAGAAGUUUUAAAAGCGAAAAUCGUAUAAAUACCGUUUUUUUCAUUUCAUCCGCUUUGCUCCCUCCGAGUUUAGAACCUUUACAAUACUAGACUACUGGAUAGGCCUUCCCAUCACUCUUUGAAGUAUAGAUGCUUUUUUUUCUUACUCCGUAUUCAGAGUAAAUUCAAAAUUAUACCUUGGUUCUCCACGAUUUAUUUUUCAACUCUUUGACGGUUGUAUUUCAUUUCGCCGAGGCAUUUUGAACACGGCAUUGUGUUUAUUGUGUAUUUAUGUUUUCUUUUUCAUUUUGGAUGAUUUUUUCAGGAGAACCCGUGUCGAAUGGCACGAUUGAACCGGUGCCAGCCUCGGCAACCUUGGAAAUUCACGUCGACGAUAAAAGAGGCCAUGAGGUAAAGGAAACUGAAAAAGAACUAGAGCUUCGAAAAAGGUCCAAUAGACUUCGAAGAGCUUCACUUCAGGUUUAAGCUUCUUAGGAACUCCAGAGUGGUGCCAAAGGCCCUUGGAAGGUCCCCUCUAGGGGUCACUUUACCAACCCCUAUAUGGUCCAUUAAAGCUUGAAAAAGUGGCUCCUAUAGGGGACAUGUAAUUGUUAUGAACUCUAAGUGAAGCAGCAUUUCCUUGCGGAAAAUUGAAUAAAUAACCGUUUUUUGAAUGAAAUUGAAAGACUCCUAUAGGGUCCACUUGAGCUUUAGGGGCUAAGAAGUCAGACUUUAAGCCCCUAUAGGAACCACUUCAAUUUUACUCCUAUAGGGACCACUUUUCCGGCUCCUAUAGGGGCUUUUUUCCUUUCUAACCCCUAUAAGGACCACUCUGGUAUUCUUGAGUUCAGUUAGGAUCAAGGCUUUGGGAUCGAUUCCGGGAAUUUUUUGAGAAUUUAAUCAUAUUCUUAAAUCGUCAAAAAGGAGUACUGUUGCAGAUUGCCACCUCGUCGAUCACUGUCCCGAUUCCUGACGUCAAGGCAGCUUACGAUGAGAUCAGGAAUACCGUUUUGGAAACGGUCGAUGACGUCAAAAUCUCGUACAGAAAGCUCCCCGAGGACUAUAAGUAGGGAUUGAAAAGCUAAAAAAGAAUGGUUACUUUGGAUAUACUAUAACUUUUCAACUUGAUAGUCCUUUAAAACUGGCUCAGAAAUUCACUUUUUUCGGAGUUCUUAGGAGUUUUUCUUUGAACGAAUAACAUAGGAAGCUUGAAAAUGGAAUUAGAUAGGAAAUUAGACAAUUUUUUGUCUACAGAAAGGCGUAACCAAGCUUGAGAGGGCUAUGUAAACCAAAAGGAUAGAAAUUUUGAAAUAAGGAUUUUUAUUCAAUACUAGAGAUGUACAGAUAAGUUCUUGGAAGACGUUUUCGAACCACCAAAAAGAAAUUUUAGGGUCGGCCUACAGUACGCCGGCCUCAUGCUGACGUCACUCUCUGCCCUUUUCGUCUCGAUAGUCAUUUUCCGAAGCAUCCGACACCAGCUGGAUCCCGACCAUGAGGGAUGGUUCUGCCAGUCAGUUUUUUGAGUUUUUUGUCGAAAUUUGUAGAGGAUUCUUAUGACUUUUUUUGAUUCUGAAGCAUUUUUAGUUCAAAGUUGUAAGGAACUUUAGGAAUUUUCUUGCUAGAGAGAAAGAGCCACCCUUAAGGAACUACUUGAAGUACGUAAAAUGGCCAUUCAAGGGUUGGGAGCUCAACUAAAUGCUCGGAGAUUUUUCAGAUCCUAGGGUUUUUCUAGGGCUGCUAAGUAGCCUUAAGUGACUUCUCCAAGAUAAUUCGCCGCGUUUUCUUGAACCGCGGCAUCAAAAUGAAUAACUAUAGCUGUUUCACGGCUAGUUUGGGACACAAAGAGGGCGUGGUCUGUCUGCGCUCUCCACGAGCCAGGCGCUGUCUCAUGCAUUAUCGUGUCAGGAACUUUUUUUCGAUUUUUCAAGCCAGCCGUGAAUCAGCUAUACCAAGAUUCUGCCCGAUCCCUUAAGUUGAAACUUCGCCUCGAUUUAAUUAUAUUUUCAGCUUCUUCGCCCACCCAUUUUCGCCGCUUUUCGACGCCUUGUGCGCUCCAGAACAACACAGUGCAAUCGUCGAGAUCCCCAGACAAUCGCAGCUCCUUUUCCACGAGAUUUCUGACUGUUAGCACUCGAAAAAUGAAAUUAUAAGUAUUUCUGUGAUUUUUCAGCGAUUGCCGACUUUUUCUGCAAGAUCUACCAUGGCUUUGAGGCGUUCGGCAUCAUCUUUUCCGCCAUUUUUGGAGGAAUUUAUGAUAGUGUUGGUUUUUCUUUUAGUUUGAAAGUUUUAUAUGAAUCAGCCUUGGGAAUUUAGUGAUUUUUGAUAUUUUAAAGUACUUUUUUUCUGAAUUUCAGUUUUUUAUAGUGGAGUAAAGCGUACUGGGAAAAUUUUUAGUGGCUCGCCAAGGACUACUUGGAGAGGACACUAAAGUGGUCACUAAACCCACUUCUAUAAUGGCCACUGUUUCCCCUUUUAGUGGCCACUAUAGAGGUUCUCUAUUUAGUGGCCCCUUCAGCAGUUUUUUAUCCAGUAACUCUGAUAAUUUUCAAACAAACAGAUUGAACCAGUUACGUUUAUCAAUUGACCAUUAAAGUGGCCACUAAAAUUUUUAGUGGUCUAGUAGUAGCACUUAGACCUCUAUAGUGGCCACUAAUUUUCAACCCCUUAAGUGGCCAUUAUAUUGACUACUAUAGUGGACUCUAAAACGUCAAAACCCUAUAGUGGCCACUAAAAAAUUUUCCAGUACUGUAGAGAUUUUCUGAUAAAUAUUAUCGAUUAAAAAUUAUGCCCUGAUUUGUAGUUGUAUCGAUUUUUUUGAAUUUUCUGAUUUUUCCAUGAAUUUUUUUCAAAUUUCUCAAGUGUUUCCAAGCAGUAGAGUAGUCAUGAAGGAAUAAAAGAUCACUAUAUUUUCUAUAUUUAUUUUCAAAAUUGUAGGAACUCAAGGGAGAGGUCCUGGAAGUUAUCGAGAAAGAAAAAUCGAAAGUUUCAUUUUCUUUCAGAUCGCCUCCAACCUACACGAGCUGUGGGAGAACUUGGGCGAGAACAUCAGCUACUUGGGCCGUUUCGUGGUCCAACUUUUCCGUUUCCUUCUUGAUUUACCCUUCUUAGCAGCCCAUUCUGUCCACAGCUUGUUUGUUAGGGAACCAGAGCCUUGGUACCAUCUUUAA